AAUCAAACCCCUUUUGAGUUCAGUUCCCUUCCCGCAUCGGGAAAAAGUCAUCGCCGGCACGAACCUGAUCGCCGGAGUCUGCUACAAUCUCAUCUGCCAAUCCCGAAAGGUGAAGACAAUUAAACAUGGAGGAGGAGGAUGAUUACGUUGAGUAUGUUCCCGUGGCCAAGCGUAGAGCCAUAGAGGCUCAGAAAAUCCUUCAGCGAAAGGGGAAGGCUUCUGCCCUAGAGGAUGAAAUUGAGAAAUCCAAACUCGCCGAAGCAAAACCUAGCUUGCUUGUGAAGGCUACUGAGCUCAAGCGGAACCAACCUGAAGUUAGUCAGAUGGAGCAAAUUGUACAGCAAGAGAAGGAGAUGAUUGAGCACUUAUCAGACAGGAAGACGCUUAUGUCGGUGCGGGAAUUGGCAAAAGGAAUCACUUACACCGAUCCCCUGCUCACGGGUUGGAAGCCACCCUUGCAUAUUCGAAGGAUGUCCAAGAAAGAGAGGGAUUUGAUACGAAAGCAAUGGCAUAUUAUUGUUGAUGGAGAAGAUAUUCCCCCGCCCAUCAAGAAUUUUAAGGACAUGAAGUUUCCAGAGCCAAUUUUGAAGAAACUUAAGGACAAGGGAAUUGUGCAGCCAACCCCCAUCCAAGUGCAAGGUUUGCCAGUGAUUUUGGCUGGAAGAGAUAUGAUUGGGAUUGCAUUUACAGGGUCAGGGAAAACACUUGUGUUUGUGCUGCCAAUGAUAAUGAUUGCUUUGCAAGAGGAGAUGAUGAUGCCUAUCCUUCCAGGGGAAGGACCUUUUGGAUUGAUUGUCUGUCCUUCGAGGGAACUUGCUAAGCAGACUUAUGACGUCGUGGAGCAAUUCUUGGCUCCCAUGAGGGAGUUGGGGUAUCCGGAAUUGAGACCAUUGCUUUGUAUUGGUGGAGUGGAUAUGCGAUCCCAGUUAGAAGUUGUUAAGAAGGGUGUUCAUAUUGUUAUUGCAACUCCAGGGAGAUUAAAGGAUAUGCUUGCUAAGAAGAAAAUGAAUUUAGAUAACUGCAGGUACUUGACGUUGGAUGAGGCAGACAGAUUAGUUGAUUUAGGCUUUGAAGAUGACAUAAGGGAAGUGUUUGACCACUUUAAAGCUCAAAGGCAAACCCUUCUGUUCUCUGCUACCAUGCCAAACAAAAUUCAGAACUUUGCUAGAAGUGCUUUAGUGAAGCCAGUUGUUGUUAAUGUGGGAAGAGCAGGCGCUGCAAAUCUGGAUGUGAUUCAAGAGGUUGAGUAUGUGAAGCAGGAGGCAAAGAUUGUCUAUCUUCUUGAAUGCCUACAGAAAACCCCUCCUCCAGUUUUAAUAUUUUGUGAGAAUAAGGCUGAUGUGGAUGAUAUUCAUGAAUAUCUUCUCCUCAAAGGAGUGGAAGCUGUGGCCAUUCAUGGAGGCAAGGAUCAGGAAGAGAGAGAAUAUGCCAUUUCAUCCUUCAAAGCUGGCAAGAAAGAUGUCUUAGUUGCAACAGAUGUUGCCUCAAAGGGGUUGGAUUUUCCAGAUAUUCAACAUGUGGUUAAUUAUGAUAUGCCUGCCGAAAUUGAAAACUAUGUCCAUAGAAUAGGAAGAACUGGUAGAUGUGGUAAAACUGGAAUUGCAACCACAUUUAUAAAUAAAAAUCAGAGUGAGACGACUCUUCUUGAUUUGAAGCACCUCCUGCAAGAAGCCAAACAGAGGAUUCCACCUGUCUUGGCUGAGCUUAAUGAUCCAAUGGAAGAUGUUGAUGCAAUCACCAAUGCAAGUGGUGUUAAGGGUUGUGCUUAUUGUGGUGGACUGGGUCAUCGCAUCCGGGACUGUCCUAAAUUAGAGCAUCAGAAAAGCAUGCAGAUUGCAAGUUCUAGAAGGGAUUAUUUUGGUUCUGGGGGCUAUAGAGGGGAGAUUUGAUUUUUAUUGCUUCAUGUGGUUGACCACUUGAUAGGUAGUUCGUCUUAUGUUCUUUCCUCCUGUGUACCAUUUUUAGAGUUGAUAUCUGUUUAAAAGGAAUUCAUCUUUAAUAUUGUUUGUUUGCAAUGCUCAGUUUGUCUAUGUAUGGUUUUCUAUUUUCUC